CAGAGUCUCGGUGUGUCCUCCAGGUCUCGUCAUUCAGCUUCAGCUUCAGACCCAGAACCAGCUCCAGAGUCUCCGUCCCGGCUGCUCAUGGAGAGACUCUCGGCUCUCAGCCGUCACAGGAACUCAAACUUUACAGGAGUUUAAUUAAAAAAAGGAAAGAAGAAAGAAAGAAAGAAAAACAGCCGCACACAUGACGUUUUGGAUAGGAGGAGGAGCGGCGCUGCUGCUGCUGCUGCUCGGCCGCUGCUGCUGCACCGAUCCCGGCAGGAAAGUGUGCCAGGGGUUGAGUAACCAGCUGACCUUGUUGGGGACCCGGGACAAUCACUAUGACAACAUGGUGAGGAUGUACGCUAACUGCUCCGUGGUCCUGGAGAACCUGGAGGUCACGUACACGCUGGAGCACCAGGACCUGUCCUUCCUGCAGAACAUCCAGGAAGUGGGCGGCUACGUUCUGAUCGCCAUGAAUGAAGUGGCCACCAUCCCAUUGGUCAACCUGAAGGUGAUCCGAGGUCAGAACCUGUAUGACAACCACCUGGCUCUGCUGGUCAUGUCCAACUACAACCAGAACCGCUCGUCUCCUACGCUCAACUACAGCAGUGGGCUGAGACAGCUGCAGCUCAGCAGUCUGACCGAGAUUCUGAAAGGAGGCGUAAAGAUGACCAACAAUCCGUUGCUAUGCAACACGGAGACCAUCCAGUGGUGGGACAUCCUGGACAGAAGCAGCAACCCCAGCAUGGUUUUUAAGACAAACACCUUCACACCUAAAUGUCAGCAGUGUGAUCCCGGCUGUUUUAACGGCUCGUGUUGGGCAGCAGGACCGGAUCACUGCCAGAAAUUCACUAAGCUGCAGUGUGCCGAACAGUGCAGCCGGAGGUGCCGCGGGCCCAAACCCAGCGACUGCUGUAACGAACACUGUGCUGCCGGCUGCUCCGGACCGCGAGCCACCGACUGCCUGGCCUGCAGGGAUUUUAACGAUGACGGGACGUGUAAAGAUGCUUGUCCUCCUCAGACUCUCUAUGACCCAAAAACCCACCAGGUGGUCAGCAACCCCAACGCCAAGUUCACCUUUGGGGCGACCUGCGUCAAAGCCUGCCCAUAUAACUACGUGGUGACAGAUGGGUCGUGUGUUCGUACCUGCGGCGCUGGGAUGUACGAGAUGGAGGAGAACGGAGUCCAACGCUGCAAGGCAUGUGACGGUCCCUGUCCUAAAGUCUGUGAUGGCGUCGGGGUAGGCGCUCUGAUUAAGACGAUGGCCGUGAACGCCUCCAACAUCGAGUCCUUCAGGAACUGCACCAAGAUCAACGGGGACGUGUCCCUCAUUGGGACGUCCUUCACCGGGGACGCGCACUAUAAAAUCCCUCCCAUGGACCCGGCUAAACUCGAGUACUUCAGGACAGUAAAGGAAAUCACAGGUUUUCUGGUGAUCCAGUCCUGGCCGGAGAACCUGACGUCUCUGUCUGUGUUUGAAAACCUGGAGAUAAUCAGAGGAAGAACAACACACGCGCAGCACAGUCUGGCCGUGGUGCGGGCCAAGCACCUGCGCUGGUUGGGUCUGCGCUCUCUGAAAGAGGUGAGCGCCGGCUUGGUGAUCCUGAAGGACAACUCUGAGCUGUGCUACACGCGGCCCGACCAGUGGACGCGCCUCUUCAGAUCCAGAGACCAGACGGUCAGCAUGCGCCAAAACGCUCCCCCAGACUUCUGCGAAAAGCAGAAUCGAACCUGUGACCUGGAGUGUACAGACGAUGGCUGCUGGGGUCCGGGUCCCACGAUGUGUGUCGCCUGUCGGCAUUUCAACAGCAGGGGGCGCUGUGUGGCGCACUGCAACCUGCUGCAGGGCGAGCCCAGAGAGGUGGAGGUGAACAGUAGCUGUGUCCAGUGUCACCCAGAGUGUCUGCUGAAGACCGGGACCCCGACCUGCCACGGACCAGGUCCGGACCAGUGUUCCCAGUGUGCCCACUUUAAAGACGGCCCCCACUGUGUAGCGCGCUGCCCCCACGGCGUGCUGGGAGACGGAGACACGCUGAUCUGGAAAUACCCCGACGGGUCAGGCCAGUGCCAGCCUUGCCACCAGAACUGCAGCGACGGGUGCUCUGGAGCCGGACUGUCUGGAUGCACCGGUGCUCCCACCCACUCCACGCUGGCGGCCGGCGUGGUCGGCGCGCUGCUGAUCGCCGUCAUCGUGUCAGUGGUCAUCUUUGUGUUGCUGCGGCGACGAAGAAUCCGGAGGAAGAGGACCCUGCGCCGGCUGCUGCAGGAGAGAGAGCUUGUGGAGCCGCUGACUCCAAGCGGCGAGGCUCCGAACCAGGCGCUGCUCCGCAUCCUGAAGGAGACAGAGUUCAAGAAAAUCAGGGUGCUCGGCUCCGGGGCCUUCGGGACCGUCUUCAAGGGUCUGUGGAUCCCCGAGGGAGAGAACGUGAGGAUCCCAGUAGCCAUUAAAGUUCUCCGAGAGGCCACGUCACCUAAAGCCAACAAAGAAAUCCUCGAUGAGGCGUACGUGAUGGCGAGCGUGGACCACCCACACGUGUGUCGCCUGCUGGGGAUCUGCCUGACGUCGUCCGUCCAGCUGGUCACUCAGCUGAUGCAGCACGGCUGCUUGCUGGACUACGUCCGGCACCACCGGGAGAACAUCGGCGGCCAGUGGCUGCUCAACUGGUGUGUCCAGAUCGCCAAGGGGAUGAACUACCUGGAGGAGCGUCACCUGGUGCACCGAGACCUGGCGGCGAGGAACGUCCUGGUGAAAACUCCGAACCACGUCAAGAUCACAGACUUCGGCCUCGCCAGGCUGCUGACGGCCGACGAGAAGGAAUACCACGCUGACGGGGGGAAGGUUCCCAUUAAGUGGAUGGCGUUGGAGUCAAUCCUCCAGUGGACCUACACACAUCAAAGUGACGUCUGGAGCUAUGGUGUGACCGUGUGGGAGCUGAUGACGUUCGGCUCCAAGCCGUACGACGGCAUCCCGGCCAGCGACAUCUCCGCGGUGCUGGAGCGAGGAGACCGGCUGCCGCAGCCGCCCAUCUGCACCAUCGACGUCUACAUGAUCAUGGUGAAAUGUUGGAUGAUCGACCCGUCCAGUCGUCCCAGGUUCAGAGAGCUGAUAGUGGAGUUCUCUAAAAUGGCCAGAGAUCCAUCCAGAUACCUGGUUGUUCAGGGCAACCUCCCCAGUCCGACAGAUAGCAGGUUUUACUCUCGCCUGCUGAGCUCAGACGACAUGGAGGAUGUGGUGGAUGCUGAGGAGUAUCUGCAACCUUACAAAGGACAGGGUAACCAGGACAACCAUUCCUGCAGCGCCACGAAUUGUUAUCCAGUCAGAGAGAACAGCAUCGCCCUGCGUUACAUCACCGACCCGACGCACAACACGCUGGAGAAAGAAGACUUCCCCGGCCACGAGUACAUGAACCAGAGUAUGAGUGACAACAGCCGGAGCAGCAGGCUGUCGGAUGUGUUGAAUCCCAACUACGAGGACCUGAGCCUGGGUUGGGGCGCGGCCUCGCUCCCCUUCCCGCUGGAAGAUCUGAAGCCUUUUCCCAGAGUUCCCAAGGACCCCGAGGUCCCUGAGUACCUGAACACCGCCCAGAGCUCACUUCCGCUGGUCGCCAGCGACAGCCUCGACAACCCGGACUACCAGUCGGACUUCCUGCCCUCCGCCACGAACAGUGUUCCUUUAACGGGGAAUGGUCUGUUCCUCCCGGCCGCAGAGAACCUAGAGUACCUGGGUCUGGGUGCUGCGCUGCACGCCCACGUCCGCUAGGGGGGGCGAUGUGCCUCGGCCUUCAGACACUUAAAACUAAAGCUGUGAUGUUCUGUGGAAAACAAACUGCCUGUGGGUACGCGAUCUGUGCUGCCUGCACGAUCCAACAUGAUGAUAAUCCUGUUUUACGCACCUUUGCACUGCAAUAGCAAUGAAUCGCAAAGGGGAGUGCCCCCCUAGAGGACACGUCACACUUUUACUCCCCAUAGGUCGGUAUGCAAUCUGUGCUGCCUGCACGAUCCACGAUGCGCAUGCGCAGAUGAUAAUCCUGUUUACACCACUGCACGAUCUGUUCCACGCUUGCGCACUUUUGCACCGCGGGAAUUUCAUUCAUUUCACAGCGCUCGCAAAGGGGAGAGUGGAGGAAACUGAAGGUCAGCAGUGACAGAAAGACUCAGACUUCAUUCCACAUGGAACCAACAUGGUGUAUGUUCAUGUAACAUGUAACAACUCCUUUAUUAUUUUGGAUUGGCAACCACGUAAACACCUCGUAAUGCUACAUAAUACAUAAUAAGCUACAUUUAAAAACAUCACGACAUCCCCACACUACAUGUCACACAAAUAACAAUGUUGCCAAGACGUCCACGGACGACGAAAUGCGGUUUUGGAUCAGUGACAAUAAGUACUUCUUUUAAAUAUCUUUAUAAAACAGACCUGCCCAAUGAAUAACAUAAAAUGUAGCCUACAAAAAUAGGCCGCCAGUUGUGCCGCCUGGCCGUAUGCGUGAUACAAAUAGCGUAGGGAAACCGUCACGUUUUCUACUAUGUAUUUCAGCGCAUGCACAACCCGUUCUCACUCUGAACUCGUAAAAUUUGUACGUUUGUAGAACGUACCGGGGAGUGCAGCAGCUACAAAGGGUUUAGAGAGUAGUAUGUAAGGACGAAAUUCUGCGCACGAAGAUUGGUCGGGGUGGUGGAUGGGUCAAACACAGAAUUUUCACCCAGGAGACUGGGAAUCAUGUCACUCUGGGAUCGGCAUGUUUCCUAAAGUCGCUUUCUUCUUUAAGCCCACCCAUGACCUUUUCCUUAACAUAACUGCGUCAAAAGGGCCGCCAAUAGUCCCGACCAAUUUUCAGCAUUUAGAUAAAGCGCGUUAUAGGACACUAAAGGAGACUUUUAGCGUCAUAUAAAAACGACAAAAGCACCCGACCAAGUGUCCGUAUUUUACGAGAUGGGAGCGAGAAUCUGUUUGCAUGCGCAUUUCGGAUCUUGCAGGCAGCACAGAUCGCGUACCGACACUGCCGCCUGCUUGGAUUCAUACUGCUGACAGUAUUUAAUGUAGCUGUAUUUAUUGUAAAGUCUUCCAGGAAAUGCUGACUGAGCGUUUUCUGCGUUUUACACUGGAACACAACGGCAAUCAGGCCGCCGUUACAGCGGGAGAGGAGAGACAGACGCUUUGCAGGGAUUCAAACCGUUAGCGUCCCAUAUGUUAGCGGUGCGUAGGAAACCAUGCACAUUAUUUUUUUUUGGGACAAUUUGGUUGAAAGAACAUCCAGAUUUCAGACAUAGAAACAUUUUGAAAACGGGUUAACAGGAAGGUUAAAGAAGUUAAUGCCCUUAAAGGGUACCUACCUUUUUUUCACCCUGUACCCUAUGUUCCUAUUAUAGUUAAUAGGACAAUUGUAAAAUUUGUAUUUACCUUCACAAAAGUUCUGUUUUUGCUGCUGACAGACUCUGACAGUGUCUCACAACAUUAUGAAAAAGGAUUUCUAAGGAGGUCGACCUCUCUGUUGAAGAGUUUUUUAAACAUAAAAACAUCCACCAAACUGCGUUCGCAAAACCCACCAGACUCCUAGUAAAUAAACAGUAAUUUU